AGAUGGCGAUUUGCGGGGAUGGAUGUGCGAAUUGGGGGCACACAGCGGUCCGUCCGUUGCGUCUCUCCCUUGUGCUUGCAGGUUGGGAUGCAGAUGUGGAUAGUAGGUGUGGAUUGUGGAUGUGGAGGGGAGGAGGGUAGGGAGGCUGGGCCUGGGGUGUUUGCAUGUGUGCACGGUGGCACAACAAGAAACCACAACCACUCACAACCAAGGUGGAUCUCAUCCACCCCAGGGUACAACUCACUUCUCCGCCUUCCCGCAUGUGAGAGGUGAUGCGGCUCCCUCGGUGAAGACCGAAUGGCAUUUGCUCGCGUGAUGCGGCUGGACUGGCCGGCGCAAUGAGAUGGAGACCCUGCUCCUCCUUCUUCUCCUCCUCGCCCAUCAGCCCACCCUCGAUACGAUGAGGGGGAGAAGGGGGAUGAGUGAGGUCCAAGCUCCCUCUCAGUAUCUCAGAUCCAAAUGCUCCGGUGCAGGGUGGUACCGUGCAAGCAAGAGGAAGGUCUUUGCAUCUGCAUGUGCCCAGUUUUGAUCUGUGCAGGACUCGGUGCAAAGGGUUGGACGGACGGAGGGGGGAUUUCGGAGGGAUCCACCUUUUCUUCGGACGACGUCGAUCGGCGGCGGUGGUCAUGAGAAGCCGGUUCUGUCUGCGGCACGGGCACGGACACGGACACGGACUCUGCUCAGGUGGUUGCAACUUGCAUUGUGUAUAUUUAUAUGCCAUAGCAGCUCGUUGUGCAAUGCUGUGACACCUGAUUCCGAGG